CUUAGAAGUCGAUAUGCUUUUUUCUUCAAUUGUCAGUAGACUAAUUAACUUAUUAUUAUCAUUAUCCUCCUACAUUUCGUAUACUGCCAACUCUUUUUCUCCCUUCCCCCUUUUUUUUAUUUCAUCCCCCUAUUCUAUCACCUCGUUCCCGACCCUCAAGCUACAAGAAACCUUCAACGCCACUCCCACAACAAAGAUGAGCUAUCCAAUACUUGGCACUGGGCAUCUCUGCAAGAGACAGUUAUUAGUUAACAACUUAACAUUAAACAAAAUCUAGAUCUGACCCAAGACCCAAUAAUCCUUCCUCUAUAAUCAGCCACCCGCUUCUUCCCCGGCUCUAAAAAUCCAGAUACUUCUACACGAUUGGACGCACAGAGCUAAAAUAUUUUUUUAAACGAUUUAAACGAAGCGGCCUGAGCGUUAGCAUGAGAGAGAAAGUAGAUUAGAUACAAUACCUAACGGCGUUCCCGCGAAUAAUGGGCACGUUCCUUUUUUUCUCUUAGAGUCUCAAUUCCGAGGAGAAAUGGAUAGGAAAUGAUAAUAUACUUUUUAUGGCUUCGAUUCUUGGUCGUUGGUUCGUUUUCUGAUGCGUUUAAUAGGUCUGGUGGCAGUGUGGUAAAUAAUAAUUACAGAGGUUAGGAGGGAAAAAUCAAGGAACUGGACAUCUGUGCUUUGUGCCACUGUGGGGAUAUGGACACGGUCACCAGUGCCAGAUGUUGCGUAUAGACUGGGGACAAAUCGCUCGAGGCAGUUAUGUAAACAGCAAUAGUUAAUAACUAUCUAAGUUAACCCGCGAGUAGCCAGGAGAUUAUUACACAUAAGAAUGGGGACAUGUGAAAUCGACG